CCUUCCCCUCGCCGGUUCGGAGAGGUGGCGCUGGGGCCGUGGGAGCGCACGGGGCGCGCCGCCUGGCUGGCCCAGCGCUAGGCGGAGCCUGCCUGGCUGCCUUUGGCCGGAUCUCGCCCCCCCCCUCCCCUGCAGCAACAGCAGCCGCCGCGGCGGGCGGCCACCGCCUUUCCCUCGCCUUCGCCCAGCCCGGGGGAGAAGAAGGGGGCGCCAGCGGGCGCCGUCGGUCCACCCGCCCAUCCGCCCGCCUGGGGCGCGCUGGAGUCUGGCGACAGCGGCCCCACUGCCUUUUUGGCGCGGGGAUGCGGAGGAGCCGCUAAGUGAGCGUGCCGGGCGGGGGGAGUCGGCUGGCUGGCACCCGCCCGAAGCUGGGCUGGGCUGGGCUGGGCGCCUGCACCAUGCGCUUCCUCGCAGACCUGCUCUUGCUGUCGAUCGCUGUCUCCAGGACGGCUCAGACUCUCUUCCAGAGCCCCGAUGAAGGCUGGCAAGUCUACACUUCAGCUCAGGCCCCCGACGGCAAAUGUCUGUGCACGGCUGUCAUCCCUGUCCAGGGCACAUGCUCCAGGGACCUGCGCAGCCGACAACUACGGCAGCUGAUGGAAAAACAGGUGCAAAACAUCUCCCAGUCCAUGGAGGUGCUGGACCUUCGGACCUAUCGGGACCUGCAGUAUGUUCGCAAUACUGAGUCGCUAAUAAAGGGGCUGGACUCCAGGCUGAAAGUGGCCACAGAGAGUCAGAAAAAUCUGAAUGCCAAAAGUUUCCAGGAACUAAAGGACAAAAUGGCAGAGCUGAUGCCACUUAUCCCUGUGCUGGAUCAGUACAAGUCAGACACCCGCACCAUCAUGCAGCUGAAAGAAGAAGUGAGGAACCUUUCGGGCAGCUUGCUGCAGAUCCAAGAAGAGAUGGGAGCCUACGAUUACGAGGAGCUCCAACAGCGUGUGCUGGUCCUGGAAGCUCGCUUGCAUGCUUGCAUGCAGAAGCUAGGGUGUGGAAAGCUGACAGGGGUAAGCAACCCCAUCACCAUCCGGGCAUCAGGCUCCAGAUUUGGCUCUUGGAUGACGGACACCAUGGCCCCAAGUUCUGACAGCCGGGUCUGGUAUAUGGAUGGCUACUACAAAGGCCGUCGUGUCUUGGAAUACCGUACACUCAAUGACUUCAUCACAGGCCAAAACUUUGUCCAGCACCUGCUGCCUCAUCCCUGGGCUGGCACCGGCCACGUGGUCUUCAAUGGGUCCCUCUACUACAACAAGUACCAGAGCAACAUAGUGGUGAAGUACCAUUUCCGUUCGCGGAGUGUGGUCGUGCAGCGCAGCCUCAACACUGCUGGCUACAACAACACCUUCCCCUACUCCUGGGGCGGCUUCUCAGACAUCGACUUCAUGGUGGACGAGAAUGGGCUCUGGGCAGUCUACACCACCAACCAGAAUGCUGGCAACAUUGUAGUAAGCAGGAUGGACCCUGUCACACUGGAGAUUCUCCGUAGCUGGGACACCGGCUACCCCAAGCGGAGUGCAGGCGAAUCCUUCAUCAUCUGCGGGACCCUCUAUGUGACCAAUUCACACCUGGCUGGGGCUAAGAUCUAUUUUGCCUACUACACAAACACUUCUAGCUAUGAGUACACGGAUAUUCCCUUCCACAAUCAGUAUUCCCACAUAUCCAUGUUGGACUACAACCCCCGGGAGAGGGUCCUCUAUACCUGGAACAAUGGCCACCAGGUCAUCUACAAUGUGACUCUUUUCCAUGUCAUCAAGACUUCAGGGGAGUCAUAAUCCCAUAAGCAAAGAGGCCUCAGCAAUCUCUAAGUUGUCAUUUUUGUUCAUUUUCUCUCUUAUCCUUGUGGGUUGGGGAGGUUGGGGAGCACUGCGACCUGCAAACUCAGUGGCCUGGGAAAACACUCCGCGAUGCCAUUAUUUCUACAUAAUAAAGCAAACAGAUUUCUUCUUUC